GACCUAUAUCCCUGAUCUAGCCACAAUAGGUCGCCACAAUACGUAUUCUUCUCAGUGAGGUUGGUUAAUAUCUUUGAUUUUUACCAUUUUUACCUCAAAAAAUGGCUUCCAGGACCAAAGCAAGCGAGCAAAUGAGCGAAUUUGCCCACGCACAAAAGGGUCAGGAUGUUCUGACUACUAGCGGUGGAAUACCUGUGGAUACCAACACUUCAACGAUGACCGUAGGCCCUCGUGGCCCAGUAUUGAUGCAAGACACCCAGUACAUGGAUGUGAUGUCACAUUUUGACCGUGAAAGGAUUCCGGAGCGAGUUGUGCAUGCUAAGGGAGGCGGAGCAUUUGGGUAUUUUGAGGUAACCCACGACAUCUCUAAAUACUGCAAGGCCAAGAUCUUUGAAAGAGUUGGCAAGACAACUCCAUGUUUGGUCAGAUUUUCUACUGUUGGUGGUGAAUCAGGCAGCGCUGAUACCGUGCGCGACCCACGUGGCUUCGCCAUGAAGUUCUAUACUGAAGAAGGAAACUGGGAUCUUGUUGGCAACAAUACGCCAAUCUUCUUCAUCAGAGACCCAAUCCUGUUUCCUAGCUUUAUUCACACUCAGAAGAGGAACCCAGUCACACAUCUGAAGGAUCCUGACAUGUUUUGGGACUUUAUUACUCUACGUCCAGAGACCACCCACCAAGUAUCCUUCCUGUUCAGUGACCGCGGCAUCCCUGAUGGCCACACCCACAUGAAUGGGUACGGUAGCCACACCUUUAAGAUGGUUAACGCUGCUGGUGAAGCUGUCUAUUGCAAGUUCCACAUGAAGACUGAUCAAGGAAUCAAGAACGUCCCAGUAGAAGUAGCCACCAGAAUGUCAGGAGAGGAUCCUGAUUAUAGCAACAGGGAUUUGUAUAACCGUAUUGCAGAAGGGAAAAAUCCCUCCUGGACAAUGUACAUCCAAGUGAUGACCUUUGACGAGGCUGAGAAGUACAGAUUCAACCCUUUUGAUCUCACUAAGAUCUGGCCACAUAGUGAGUUUCCUCUGAUUCCAGUUGGUAAGAUGGUAUUGAACAGGAACCCCAAGAACUACUUUGCUGAGAUUGAACAGAGUGCUUUCAACCCAGCCAAUAUGGUACCUGGGAUAGAGGCAUCUCCUGACAAGAUGCUUCAGGGACGUCUGUUCUCAUAUCAUGAUACCCACCUACAUCGCCUGGGAACAAACUACACCCAGUUGCCCGUCAAUUGUCCCUUCAGCACAAGAGUCAGAAAUUAUCAGAGAGAUGGGCCUCAAACCUUUGACAAUCAAGGUUGCUAACUUCAUGCAAGUCCAUCCUGACUUUGGUAAUGGCAUAGCCAAGGAACUUGCCAAGCACAAGCAGGGAAUUGUUGGGGCAGGGGCCCAUGCAGCCUUGUAAUUACCCGCCCACGUCUCCAUGACAACCUGGUAUCCACGGCAACGUCUGAUUACAAGCACAAGUACCUGACGACUAGGAGCUAGUUUUUAUUUUGAUUUAAAAGAACUCGGUGAUUGUAGUAUAGAGAAGAUUUUAGAUGUUCAUUCUUGAUCUAGAUAGGAAGUGUAUGUUGUGUAGUCUAGUGUAGUCUAGUUUUGAUUCUUUCAUAUUAGGAUGGGUUUUACUGAUUGUUAAUGCUUAACUGUGUUGUAGAUGUUGUAGUCAUUUUUGGUCAGUGGUGUUUUGAUUUUAUAGUCUUAAUUUCUUUAUAUAGAUUCUAGUACUUGCGACAUAACAUUUUAUCAGUAGUAAUAGGAAGAUAGCCACCCCCACCCCCCCCCCCAAUCCACUCCUACGCACCCCUCCUCCCCCUCCUGGAUCCACUCUUACGUCCCAAAGCCGGAUCCAUUCAAUGCUAUCCGUCUUGGAUUGGAAUGACUCAAGAAUCCCAAUAUUCAUUGGUAAAUAGUUUAAUUCAGGAUAGUCAUCACAUUCAAAAAUAAUCUCAAUCUUGUUGAAUAAACUGGCGAAGAAUUUAUAA